AUGGCUAACCCACAAAGAAUCAUUGAAUUACAAAAGUACUACCAAACAACUACCAAGCCUCUUUGGAGAUCCCAUCCAAAUGCAAAGUUAGUUCUGAUCCCAUACUUUGCAGCUUUCACUGUCUCGCUAGGUGCAGCUCUUUUCUUCACAGGUAGAGCAGCUUUCGGUAUCAAGCCACAAAAAUAA